AUGACCCAUAAAUUGCCUUUGGGAAUUUCGCUUCAUGAGGAAUCCCAACCAACAAGGAAGGGGGCGCCAUGUCCAACUCAGACCAAUCGCCCCCUUCCUCUUCCUCUUCCUCCACCUCGCCUCCUCCCCCACCCGCCCCCCGCCUCCUCCUUAGCCAAGCCGCCCCGCCAGCUCCCGCUCGGCCUCGACUCCCUCGCCUCCUCCGCGCGCUCCCUCCUCACCGCGCCGCGCCGCUCCCCGGUCACCACCCUCGUCGCCGCCUUCUUCCUCCUCGCCCUCUUCAUGUAUGGCGAGGAUGUCCGCACCCUCGCCGAGCUCUCCAUCGACGACUACCUCUACCCCGAUGCCGAAUUCUACAACGUCUCCGGCUUGCCCCCUCUCCUCCUCCCCCCGCCCACCUGCGAGCUCUCCCGCGGUCACUGGGUCUUCGACAACACCUCCGUCCCAGCCUACAGGGAGAAGGAAUGCACCUUCCUCACCAAGCAGGUCACCUGCCUCGCCAAUGGCCGCCCCGACGACUUAUGGCAGUACUGGCGAUGGCAGCCCAACAACUGCUCGCUCCCCGUGUUCGACGCGCGGCGGUUCAUGGAGGCGAUGCGGGGGAAGCGGCUGAUGUUCGUGGGGGACUCGCUGAACAGGAACCAGUGGGAGUCGCUGGUGUGCCUGGUGCAGCCCAUCCUUUCCGAGGGGAGGAAGAAGAUCGUCAAGCGCGGCUCCUUCAGAAUCUUCUACGCCAAGGAGUACCGCGCCACGCUCGAGUUCUACUGGGCGCCCUUCCUCGUCGAGUCCAACUCCGACAACCCCAAUUUCCACAGCAUCGACACCCGGAUCAUCCGCCCCGACCGGAUCGAGGCCCACGCCAAGAACUGGAAGGGCGUCGAUUACCUCAUCUUCAACACCUACAUCUGGUGGAUGAACACCGCCGACAUGAAAGUCAGGAGGCCAGAUUCAAAUGAUUGGUCGGAGCACGAUGAGGUGCCAAGGAUCGAGGUAUAUGGCCGGGUGUUCAAGACUUGGUCGGACUGGCUGGAACAGAAUGUUGAUCCCGCCAAGACUUCUGUGUUCUUCAUGACAAUUUCUCCUCUUCACAACAGCCCAGAGAUGUGGGGGAAUCCAAAUGGGGUCAGAUGCGUCAAGGAAACACUUCCAGUUCUCAACUACACCGAGCCGUUGGAUCUCAACCACGACAUGCGGAUGUACGACCUGGUAGCAAAUGUUGCUAAAAACAUGAAGAGAGUUCCAGUGACACUGAUCGACAUCACGAGGAUGUCAGAUUACAGGAAGGACGCCCAUACAGGGUUGUAUACCUUCCGGCAGGGUAAACUGUUGACGCCAAAGCAGAAGGCGGAACCAGAGAAGUAUUCCGACUGCAUCCAUUGGUGCCUUCCUGGGGUACCAGACGUCUGGAACCAGAUACUCUACACCAGGAUCCUCUCCAAAUCAUCCCCACAUCCCUCUCUCCCUCCCCAAUGAGAAGCAGGGGUAUGAUUUUUUUUUGCCCCGCCAUAUAUAUAGGAAAUGUACCAUUACUAUUCAAUUUUGUUGCUAGUCUGAUGAAAAUCAAGGUAGAGAGAAAAAGGAUGGGAGUGGACUGUUUACUGGUGGCAUUUAAAAUGUUCAAUUGAAUUGUAAAUUACUUUUGAGGUAACCAAUUGAGCAAACAGCACUGUUGUAGGCAGUUGUACUCUGGACUCUAAAAUUAGCUGCCAAGACAUACAUACAUAUACAGGGGGCGCAGUGAUUAAUCUGAAA